UUUUUUCUCUAUCUAUGAAGGAAUGAAAAUCCAAUGUUUACAGCUGUUUUUAUUUCUAAAUAGAAAUACUAAAUUAAUUUUAUCACAUUGUUCGUAUUUAUAUUUGUAUAUAUUAUGUUAUUAUGAAAGAUGUGAAGUUGAAAUGAAAAAUAUGUGAAAUGUCUUCAUCAUGUUUUAUAACGAAAAUGGACGGGACAGCCAUGCACAGUUUGAACGAAAUCAACAACGAUGCAAAACCUCUGAUACCGAAAGAGAAGGUCAUGUCUUACGAGGAGAAAUCAGUAGGAUCCACAGCAUUCUUCAAGUGCGAAGCUUGCCCAUACAUGGCACUGGCUGAAGAUGACAUUAAAUUUCACUUAUUUACCGUUCAUCCUGACCUUGCUAAGAGCAACGGCCUCGCAGAAAACAUACAAAUUCCAUGUCCAGGAUGUAAUAGCAUUUUCGACACCGAAGAGACUUUAAGAAUCCAUUUACGCAAUCACCAUAAAAUGGGGAUUAAAGAUGUCAAGAAAAUGAUCAAAAGUUUAGUUCAAAUUGCUUUGAAAAAUACGAAGUUGAAAAAGGACCAUAAUACUAGUAGUAUUACAUCAACCUCGCCAAAUUCGCAAGAAAUCGCUGAUGUCAAGAUACCACAAGUGAUUGAAAUAAUUCCUGAUGCUGUAGCCACUAAAAACAACCUACCAAAAGGUGUUGCUUUUAUAUCUGUUGAUGAGUUGAAUAAAAUGAGUACACCAAAUUUUGAGAAAAUUGAUCCGAAAGAAAUCAUUCAAGAAGCUAGCAUUAAUAUUGUGUACACGAAUGAAGUGUCCACACAGUAUGUAAAUGUAGCAGAUGAAGCAACGUCAAGCACGAGUUGUAACCUCAUACAGGUGUCCAGUGUCACACCUGAUUUAAUAUCAUCGGUUCUUCCUUGUGUGACAAGUGAAGCAAACAAGUUGACAUCACCAUCAAAAGACAAUAUGGAGUCACAGGUGUCUAUGCCAGAAUUAAACAAAUCUCUUUGUGACAACACAAAAGGCAAAGAUAUAGAAAAGAGAUUAGGGAAAUUGUGUUCAGUGAUUGGAUGCCACACACGGUUAAAAGCGGAUGAUAAGCUCACAUACCACACAAAAUGUCACCAAAAUGGAAAGCUGGUUUGUCCUGAAUGUGACAAAGUGCUAUUGACUGUUGAAGCACUGCACACACAUCUGUGGAAGGUCCACGAGGUGGACUUAGAGUUGCCAACAUGUGAGGUAUGCGGAUUCAAGACUUACAAGAGGUAUAGACUUCUUAAUUUGCAUAUGAAAUGUCAUGGGACAGUUAGUAACUACACAUGUUCAAUAUGUUUAAAGGCAUUUAAAAAUGCAAACCAAUUAUCGAAACAUAAAUUGUUUCACAAGAAAGAAACUGAUGUUGUGCAGUGCACAAUCUGUCAGAAGGAAUUCAAUGAUGAGAGGAAACUCAAGACCCAUGUAUCUGCAGUUCAUGAGAAACUGAAACCUUUCAAAUGUAUCUACUGCAGUUACACAUCGGCUAGGAAAACCGAGAUGAAACUACAUUCACGCUCACAUACUGGUGAUAAACCAUAUGCUUGCAACCAAUGCAGUUACAGGUCUGCUGACCACAACGCGUUGCGACGUCACAAGAAACAGCACACUAAAGAGGGAGUGUACAAAUGCAAAUACUGCCCAUACACUACCAUACAGUCGACUGUGUUCGCUUCACACAUGAUAUCCAAACAUCCCAAUGUAAAUUCCACUGACAUCCACCAAUGCCCUUACUGUAAAUUCAAAACUGUAAAUAAAGAAAAAUAUGUACUCCACCUCACUACACACAGAGAUAAAGAAGGUAUACAACUUCUAGUAGAUAUGAUGAAAGUUAAAACAAACAAACCAAGCUGGAACAUACCAAGUGGUACAGCAGAGAGUCCGGCCAAUGAAGUUACGAUAGAGAAGGAGCAAAGUAAAGAAUCUAGUCCUAAAACAGUAAACGCUAUACCCAUUGAAGUAUACGAUUGUGACAGUUUUUCAGAAAGUAUGCCACAGGACUACUCGAAAACAUUCUGUGCUACGUCAACGAACGAUGUGCAGCCACCUGAUUUUAACAAUCAAGUAAUUGUUACAGAUUUAAGCAAAGAUGACAAUAAUUCAGAUUGUCUAAUCUCUGAGAGUUCCAACGACACUUUAAUGGACAGACAUCAGUUCACUCAGCAACACCCCCUGGAGAUAUCUUAUGAUAAUCCUCAGACAAAUUUACACGGAUUCCUCAAUACAUCUGUGUCAAUGGAACAGUCUUUAUUGCAAAGUAACAAUGUUAAUUCUCUAGCUUCUAGUCAUUCUCCUAUUGGAAACAGUAUAGGGAAUAAUAUCAUGAGUAACUUCCCAAUCAGAUUGCCACCCGUUCCGCAGAUAUCUGUUCGAAAUAACAUAAUGCUCAAGCCGGUAGAUAAACUAUCAUUUCCAAUGACUAAAGUUACUGGGCCCAUUAUAAAGCCGACACAAAUACUCCCUGUGCCAUCUUCAAGUAAUUCCCCAGUUAAUAUUUCAAACGAGCCUGAGGGAGUUCCAAGGAAGAAACCUAAAAUAUCGGUGAAAAGUAAUUUAAUUUUAAAAGGGCCAGAUGAAGAGAACAUGUUCCAUUCACAACAGAAAAUGGCAUUUAAAAGAUUGGAAGACAACGAACGGUUUGGAUUGGGCAGUCCAGUGACGUUCAACAAUUUAAUCACUACACAGUUCAUGCAGCUGCAACCGGAGCCGGUGCUCAGUGAAUCGCCAAACGAUAUAUUACCUUAUGCCCAAGAGACAAUGUUGGACGAUUCCUCCACAACGCCUGUCGAUAGCGGCAUGAACGGUGACUCUCAGAUGUUCACUUUCAACCAACAGAUGAAUGUAAAUUCGAUAAUAUUGCUACCGCCCCCGCAGAAAAUACAGAAUAACGACCCAAGUUACAUUAAAUUAGAAUCGACAAUAAAACAAAAUACACAAUCGCCUAGUUUGGAACGGAUGUGCAAUGCAAACAUACUGACCAACCAAGCUAUAAGUAGAGAAUACAAAGCCUCCCCGCCGCUUGAGGAUAUCCAUAAAAAUAUGAGCGAAAUAAAAAACGAAGUUAAAUCGGAUGCAUUUUACAACAUACCCAUGAACAAUACAGCCACUAAUCCACCUAUUAUAGAUCAGUAUUUAAUAGAUAAUCUCAUUGGAGAACAGUACAUGCCAGGACAUGUAGAUCUAUCGGCAGUUGUGUUGCCAGAAGUGUCUGAUGAUCAACAGAACGACGUCAUAGAAAUCGAUGACAAUUCCGAUGAUAAUAAAUUGCUGCCCAGGUAUGAUAUGAAUUUCCCAUUAGAAUCUCUUUACUUGAUGCACGAUUUCCAUUUCUUAGACAACGAGGCUCCAGCCAACAACAUGCCCACCGAUGUAGCUGUUAAUGAAAUGAAUAGAAUUAUAAGCGAAGUGCCAAUUGUAAAUCAAAAGGAGAACAUGGACGCGCCGCCGUCUGAUAGCUCCGGUAACGAUUUCCCAAGCUUCAUUCAAGGGAAGAAGGAUCCCAUGAUGAACACUUCAGUUAGGGUAUGCACUAAUAAAAUCAAUGUCAAAAAUAUAGAACUAAUGAAAAAUUGAAUGUAAAUA